AUGCACAAUUUGAAUCAUGCUUUGGAUCGCCUUCGCCGAGUACUGCCGACGUUUCCCGAUGAUACCAAACUGACAAAAAUUGAAACUUUACGGUUUGCGCAUAACUAUAUCUGGGCUCUUACGGAAAGCUUAAAGAUGUUGGACUCUAGGGAUCGGGGAGAUAAUGUUGAAAGUGGAUCUUUGUACCAUCUAUCAAAUCCUUCGGAAGAAACAUCUGCUGUUUUUCUUGAGCACGGACAAGAGCAUACGUCAGGACCAGCUACAGAUUUUCCUCCCGUUUCGUCCAGUGUCCUACCACUAGGCUCCGGCUAUUACUACAACCCUCCGUCCGCGUCAGGUUCUGUUCCGGUGUGGAACCCGAGCACAAUAACUUCGCCAACUCCGUGUUCUCGACCCGUACCAAAUGAUGGUGUGACUUUUAUAGAUUAUAGCAGUUCUGGCUCAGACUCAAUUUUAUACAGUUAUGAACAACUGUAG